ACACAAACACAAACUGUUUUUUAUUUGACCAUAUAUUUUUUUGUCUUAAAAAACACUUCAUCAAUAAAACAAGAAAAGAAGGAGUAGGAAGUAAAGCAAGAGAGUCAAAUCUUGGGUGUGCUGAGGAGACGGAACAGGAACUACAAAUUGAAGCGUCGCCACCGCAAAAAUUUGAAGUGCUUCCAUUGGUUGAAGAAAAUAUGGGAGCUGAGAGCGCUUCUUCUAGCUCAAAUUCCAACUGCAAUUCAUCCUCGUUACAGUAUGGUGAAGACGAUAUUAGCUGCAAAAAUAAUAGCAGUUUUGUGGUGUUGAAUGUGUACGAUCUUACUCCUAUCAAUAAUUAUAUGUAUUGGUUUGGAUUCGGGAUCUUUCACUCUGGUAUUGAAGUAUAUGGUAAGGAGUAUGGAUUUGGGGCUCAUGACUUCCCAGCUAGUGGAGUAUUUGAAGCGGAGCCAAAGUCUUGCCCUGGAUUUAUAUACAGAUGUUCCAUCAAUUUGGGCCAAAUACAUAUUAGCCCUUCAGAGUUCCGGACAUUUAUUGAAAACAUGGCUUCAGAGUAUCACGGCGAUACCUAUCACCUUAUAUCUAAGAACUGCAACCAUUUUACGAAUGAUGUCUCAUAUAGAUUGAUUGGAAAACGGACCCCAGGUUGGGUGAAUCGGCUUGCUAAGCUAGGUGCUUUGUGCAGUUGUCUACUUCCUGAAUGUCUUCAAGUAACAAGUGUUAAGCAGUUACCCGAAUACCAUGAAUGCUCGGAAGAUGAAUUUGCGGACUCUCUCUCAACUGCCACACCCUACAGAUCACCAGAAACAGAUGAUGAGCAAGAAAAACACCUUCUGUCAUCAUCUGGUGCUGAGGAUGUCACUUUCAUUAAAGAGUCCCAUGUAAGGUGAAUGUGACGUGUUCAAGGCGAGAAUACCCUUGAAAAUUGCAGGCUUUGGUUGAAUAUUUGUCCAUUUUGAUUUGCAGUGAUUCUCUUUUCAAAAAAAUUCACAUUCUUUCACGGCUUUCUGUCUUGUAUUUGGCUCAUUCAUUGUAUUUGUAACUGAAGAAUCUAUACUAUACUAGUGCUGGCUUUUCAAUGUAAAAUUGUAAAUGACAUCUUUGUAAGUUGUUGGUUAAAUCUGUUUAGUUACAUUA